UGUAAAGUUUGAGUUGAUUUGUAUAUGUAUGUAGAGAUUUUUAUUUGUUUUAAAUAUAUAUGUAUAUAAUUAUACAUACAGGUCUUUUAUCCGUCACAAAACAAAUCCACGGUUUCAAAUUUUCUCCAUCCAUCAACCUGUUAACCAAUCACUUUCUAAAGCUUACUCUGAUCUUCACGCUUCUCCUCCUCCACUCAAAACACACAAAAAAAAAAAAAAACACCCAGAUGGGCAUCUCCGAGAACUACCCUUUACUCCUCCGUAAUCUCAUCACCUCCAUAUUCAUUUUCGCCGAGAAUUCCCUUUCCACCUUAGCUCAGAAAUACAAGCUUCUCAACCUCCUUCGCUCUCUCCUCGUCGCAUCUUCUCUCUUCUUCUUACGUCUCCUUUCUUCUCUUUUCUCUCCAAACCCUAAUCUUAAUCCCCUUCAUGAUUACCACAAGUCCCCUGGAUAUAAACGCGACCACUACAUGCUCCCUGACACCGCCGCCGCCUCCGCCGCCGCCUCCGCCGCCGCCGACUCUGGUAUUGGUCGGGCAUUAUCGCAGCUGCUCUCAAUCAUCAACGAUCUUCCUGUUAGUUCCAGGAAGUACGAAGUAGUUCGAUCUCUAGCCGAGAAUCUUAUGGAUGAAAACCAGAGGGAGGGUGUUCCCGCGUUAAGAGAAGUCAAUCGCGCCGCCCUGACGGCGGCUUUUGCGCGGACUAUUAGUCAGCUUGAAACAUCCAUGGCGGAAAUGCGGCGGGAAUCGGGUGAGAAUCCCGCUUUGGGGGAUGUUGGACCGGUUUUACAUGGUUUGAACCGGGUUCUACGAACCGUACGGUCUGCUGGAAUAGGGGUUUUGGCCCGCAUUGGGAAUGGAAAGAGAGUGGAUGUGGACCGGUCGGGCGGAUGGAGUGAGAAGCUGGCGGCUGAGCUUCUGUGGCUGGCUCAGAAAAUGGGAGCUUGUGGUUUUGGAGAGGAAGCUGUGGAGAGGUGGGCAUCGGCUUCGAAUUUGGCUUGGCUGGCUUUAUCGGCUGAGCCACGGCUUCAGUGUUCCAUGGUUAAAGUCGCAGCGUUGUUAUUUAAACAAGCCAAGAACACGAGAGAGGAAAAGGCGGAGGAGGAUGAAGAAGAAAGACAAACAAAGAUGAAACUGUUAAUGGCAUGGUUGCCAUUGCUGUGUAGAGGUAGCAACGGGACUGAUGUUCCGGUAUUGAGCGUGAACGAAAGAGGUGAACUCGAGAAAAUACUCGAAGACACCAUUGAAACCCUGCAACAGCAAGAGCAGCAAGAGAGAGUUUUCUCCCUUUGGCUUCACCACUUCACUCAUUGCUCUUCCUCCGAUUGGCCCAACCUCCACGCCUCCUACUCCCGCUGGUGCACUUCCUCCCGCAAACUCUUCCUCCUCGAUCACAAUGACCCAAAAAUAUAAAUACCCUACUCAUAAUGUGCCAUAACUUGUAAUGUUUGCUUCCCAUUUUCAGAAAUGGAUUAUAUAUAUAUAUAUACAUACGGUAAAGUCUUAAUUAUGAAGUACA